AUGAGUUCCAAAAGUAGCGUUGCCAAUGCUUCCAUGAGCUCCAAUACACUCGGCGCGAGCUCCACCUCGACCUCCGCGGUUCGAUCGCGCCCUCGCCGCCUGGUUUCCUUCAUGGACGGAGAAGACAGCACCCCCAAUAAUAAUGGUCUUUAUGCCUACCAUGACUCUCAGCCUUUCACUUCGGGACUUUCCACCAAUCUUCUACCGGAGGGAAACACACGUUCUCGUGGCACUACCCCCUCGCCGCUUUCAUCCCGUGGAGCAUCGCCUUUGCCCAUGAGACACCCCUCCCGAGUUACCGAGUCGGAAUAUCGGAGCCGCAACGAGUCUAACUCACUGGGUUGGAAUGGGUCAUCUAAGUCGGCACGAGGGGGUUCGGACUUCCUUGAUUCCCCAUGGUCUUCGCUCCAAAACCUGGCGUCAUCGGUUCUAGGAAGCAACACUGGACGUAACGCAGCAGAGAAUUCGACAAAGACACAUCCAAGGAGGAAACCGUCGCGAUCGGACGUAUAUACCAGGAGCACCCCCAGGGCGAAUCUUUUAUCGUGGGGGCCAUCCGCGCCCGCUUCCCCAGAUAUUGGAAGUGGGACUAAAGAGGAGCGGCAGGCGUUGGUGCAGGCGAAGAAACGUGAGGCAUUGUUGCUCGCGGACUCUGAUUUGAUAUCAGGUCGCAAUUUUCGACAUAAAAAACGCGACUCGGGGGAUUACUCAGAUCAGGUAAUCGACCCAGAUCACGAUGAAGACGCGCUGGCGUAUAUUCAUCAUGUACAAGCAUCGGAUAGCAUCACCGGAGUGACGAUCAAAUACGGUUGUCAAGCUGCUAUCUUUCGGAAAGCGAAUGGUUUCUGGCCAAACGAUAACAUUCAGAGCAGGAACACGGUCCUGUUGCCAGUGGAUGCAUGCACCGUAAAGGGCCGACCCAUUCAAGAGAAAGAACGCGUGGAUCUUUUGGGGGGUGAUUCUGAAGAUGGCACUGGCAGCUGUAUUGCGCCGGCAGUGGAUCAUACAGAUGGACCGGUAACAGAGCGCAAGACUACCGGUCAUUCUGAACCAGAUACCAACAAAAUCUGGAAACACGAGUCUUGGGUGCAGAUAGAGGGGUUUCCAGCGGCCAUUGAGAUUGGACGUGUUCCACGAAGAGCACUGGGCUUCUUUCCGCGAACACGGCGGAAAUCUGUAUCCUACACUGAUGCAGAGCCUCCGUCUGUGAUCUUGUCACAAGAUUCAACUAGGUCGCCAUCUCCGUCUGGAUCGGCCCAGCUGAAUUCCUCCCAAACCGCACUACCACGCACUCGUCCUCGUGAUGGCGACACGUCCAAGCCCGGUGGCUCGCAUCCUACUCGUCCUAAGCAUCGUCGUCAGCGCAGCAGUAUUCAUCUUUCUGGAACCGGAGUCGGCACCCUCGACCGUACCUCAACUGCACCUGGUCCUGCUCUAGAUGGCUUAAGCAAAUUCUUCUCGCAACACAUGCCCCAGCUAGCACCUCCACCACCACUUUCAGACCUCCGCAGACCAUCUUUCGGCUCAGAAGCCACCGUUACGUCUAAUGCCUCAACAGGCCUAGAAAACAUCGGUGGAGCGCUCGAAGGAUGGGUUCGCAAGGUGGCGACGCGUGCCAAAGCUGGCUUUAAUGACAUGCAAGGCUCCCCGACCUUACCAGCUUCUGGCCGAGGUCGGAGUCCAGGAGUGUGGGGCAUGAAUGAUCUAAUUGAAUUAGAUGAUGCCUCGGAAGGUCGACGGUCUCCCAGCGUAUUCGGGACUGCGAGAAGACCAGAAUUAGGCACAUCUUCCUCUUCCUCGUCUUUCCGCCCCACAGCCUCCGCCUCCGCCACGAGCAGGCCUCGUGCGACUGGCUCGGGCUCUACUGCUUACCCUGAGAGAGUUAAGGAUGACUGA